AUGCUGCCCCAGGCAUCACAGGGCAACCCGCGGGAGCGGGGCAAUGCUCUGUUCGUGAAGGGCAAUUUUAUCGCUGCCGCUGCUGCCUACUCCGAGGGACUGCAAUCCAAUAGUAGUUUAAAAACUGCAAGCAACCUGAACUGCACGGUUGCUGAGGAGCGUGCUAUCCUGCUGUGCAAUCGAGCCGCAUGCCAUCUGGAGCUCGGCAAUGCAGCAGCCGCGGAGGCAGACUGCCGUGACUGCCUACAGUUGCAGCCAUGCAAUGUCAAAGCACACUACCGAUUGGCCCGGUCCCUGCCGGCCGAUCACCCCGACGCGGCUGCCGCCAUCGCCAUCGCCAUCGCGCUGUGCGAACCAGGUGGUCGCGCUGACGCGAUGAUGGCGACCUACAACACCAUUCAGCGUGCAGCGGAUAAUGCUGCUGCUGCGGCUGCAGCAGCAGUCUCUGCUGCUGCCGCCGGCACAGACGAGGCUGCACAGCCGCCGCCGCCGCCAGUACGACUGCAGCUCCCGCCAGACUGCGGCCGCGUCGCCGCCGCAUCGAGCUGGUCUGAAGUCGAAGCCGCCCUGCGUCGAGGUUUCAGCUUUGUCGUACUGCGCCCCGGCAUCUACACUACCAACACCCGCGCGCCGCAGGCGGCGCCCGGCGUCAGCUCCUACACGCUCCUCGCCGUCGGUUCUGUGGUACUGCAGUCAACGCGUGACGGCGGCAGCCACGCGAUCUGGGUCGACGCUGAAUUGCCGUUUCAUUCUAUUUUCCGUAGGACGCCGCCUGCCUCCGUCACGCUGGCCGGAGUACGGCUUGUUGGCAGCGGCCGUGUAACGGCGGCCUGUGUCUCCGGCGAUGGCGCAAAACUGCAGUUGCUGAACUGCCGUAUCGAGGACUAUGGCGAGGCAGGCCUCUUAGUAACGGGAGCGUGUACGGCACGUCUUGCGGGAUGCGUGUUCACCCGUACGGCAGCUCAGGCGAUAGAAGUCCGGGAGGGUGGAAAACUGAUAGCGGAUCGCGUCACCAUCACCAACUGCAACCAGGGCGUAUCCGCGUACGGCGGUGCUCGUACCGUCGUACUGCGUGACUGUACGAUUGUGGGAUCAAAGCGGGAGAAUGUGCUGCUGAGCGGCACGUACGUGAACGCCGCGACGGAGGCUCAGCACGGCCUUGGAGGUGACGGGAGAAAGGCGCGGUCGGCAAGCGCCGCCGUUGCGACGGCGGAGGCGGAGGAAUGGGGCCGGCGCAACAGCACGCCGUUGGACGUUGCUUUGUUGGACUGCACCAUCAGCGGGUCCGGACAAUUUGGAGUGUCCGCAGACCGCGGCACUAGUGUUUUGGCGCGAGGUUGCCUGCUCGAGGACAACGAUCCGUACGCGUUUUUCAUCAAAGGGGGCACGGACGCGAGCAUAUUGGCGUGCCGAAUCCACUACUCCGGCGCCAGAUCCAAAUGUGACUGGGGAAUAUCCGCUGGCGGCAUUGGUGGCGGCGGCAUUGGUGGCGGGCGCGGCGGCGUCAGAGGCCGUGGCGCGGCUGCGGCGGCCCCCAUGCGGCAAACCGGUAUUUAUAUCGGCGUCAACUACGGCGGCACCGUCACCAUCGUCGGUAAUGCAUUUGUCGGGCCCGAGGAGAUGGCGAUUGUGGAGGAAGGGGUCGGAAGUGCCGAAGUCGCCAUCAAGGCACGGUGUCUGGGCUUUUGGUCCAAGCCAUCAUCCACAGAUCGGAACAGUUACCAUGAUAGGAAGGCGGCUACUGCGGCGCUGGCCGAGCGCCGUCGCGGCGGCAACGGCCCUGGCGGCAGGAACGAAGGAGGUCCGGAGGCGGCGGAGGCGCUGCGGCCUGAGGUGCGUGAGUAUGUGCAUGUGGGCAGCCUGAGGCCUGAGGGCGAUGGUGGCGGCGGGGGCGGCGGCGGCGGGGACGGCGGCGGCGGCGGCGGAGCCAAAAAGCCGGCGGCGGCGGCGGCGCCGGUAGAGCCUCUGGUGGCGGCCAAUCCGACACUGCUGCUGGCACCAGAGUUGCAGUACACGGUACGGCAGGGAUGGCGUCAGUUGCAGGGGAGCAGAGGAGGGCACGGGUAUUUCUCCUCCUCCAUCUUCCGAGCCCUGCCGCUUUCGGACAAGCCCGGUACCGCUACUGCCCGCCUGACGGCGGCGCUGACGCCGCUCCUGGACGCUGCCGUACAGGGCCUGCGUGACGGCAGCAUCACCGUGCAACUUGUGCACGGCGAUAUCCUCGCCGCCUUGCUGACGGUACCCUCCUACUCUCCACCUCCGUCGCCGCUGACGCCGCCACAACAGCCGCUGCAGUACGACUUCAUCGAUUGCAGCAACGUAGCGGAUUACGUGUCUCUCCAGGCGCUUGUGCAGGCCGCAGCGCCGCUGCUGGCGCGUCGUACAUAUGCACGGCUGCGUGCGGAGAGCCUGACGGUGUACGGCCGUCAGCUGGAGCGGGAACCGGCGCUGACGCCAGCAGGCUUCGUGGCUUCCCGGCUACAAGGACCCUCCUUGGCAGCAUUUCAAGAGAUGUUAGCGAUCCGAUUGGUAGAGGGUGAGGUGGAGGUGUGGCCGGGGCGAGGAGUACGGACGGUGUGGGCUGCGGCGGCGGCGGCCGUGCUGGAUCCGGUACCAGAGGCGGCAGCUCCUGCUAACAGCCACCUCUCCUCAGCCAACAGAUCAGUUUCCCGUACAAAUCAAUAUGCGAAUGUAUGCAGCAACGGUGGCGGCGAUGGCGGCAGCGGCAGCGGCGGCGAUGGCAAGGAGGGCAGGAGCUCCUGGCUGACGGCGCCUCAACUCCUGCUAGAGCUGUUGCCAGGCUGCAAAGCUCUCCUCCUGCCGUCGGAUGACCAGCGGGACGGCACUGCUACUGCUCCCGCCAUCGCGCCGCUGGCGCUCGUGCAUCUGCUGUCAUUGGCGCUGCCGCCGCUGCAGCUUGAACCUAUGGUGCGGGCGUUGGUGCGGUGCGACGGCAGCGGAGCCGCUACACUGUUCAAAUGGGAGCUGACGCUGCACGCGCAGCUUCAGGCGGCGGCGAUCGGCGGCCUCCGGCCGCCGCCGCUGCGUCAACUGUCGUACGCAGCGCGGCCGGGUUGGGAGCUAAUCGGCUGCAGCCACCUGCCACUGCUGCUGGCGAUUAGCCGUGAGGCGCUGCCGCGUGUGCCGCUGCCGGUUACCAACGUAGGCGGAGACGGCGGGCUCAUUAAGCAGCUGAUGGCGGCGCUCGCUUGGGAUGAAGACGCGGCGACGGCGCACUUUUUUCUUGCGGAGACCCUCCUGGAGCAGCGCAGUGACUGGUUCGUAACUCUGUGCGUGGUGACCGCGACUGAAGGUGGCCGCGACAGCGGCGGCGGCGGCGGCCUGGCUCUGAAGCCGGUCGGCGUGUCAACACGUCUUAAGGCGCUAAAAUCGCAGCCGGCGGCGGCGGCGGCGGCGCCGUUAGCGUGGCGGCGGCUGGCUCAGCCCCGACCGCAUUUGGACCUGAAGCUGGUUAACAAACUGGGGAACAACGCGCCUGCUGUCGAUGACAAUGACGCGCUGUCACGGCGGUCCUGGGAGGGUGCCGUACAUGUUUGCCGCCGGGCGCGCAGCGUCAUCGUGGAUGUCCUGGCGCCCGGGUCGUUCCCGGCGGCCGAGGUGGCGGCGGUGACGGUCUGUCGGGAGGGUGCCGAGUUCACCGUGCAUGUGAAGCCAAAGCGCGGCGGCGGCAAGGGCAAGGGGGCAUUCCGACUUGCCACCAGCAGGCCGACAAACUUCCUUUCAUUUCUCUAUGAAGUACGCAAGCUGCCCGUUUGUACAUUUACUUCGGCCAAUGCUCGGGGCUUGGUCCAAGAGCGGCGCGCGCAGCGGGGCCUUGCGGCGUCCUGCCGCCUGACGCACCAGUACCGCCAGGCCAUCAAGCACUUGGAGCGCGUAUUGGAGAUUUCCCGAGAAAUCGGGGAGUACACUGGUGACGCCGACGCGUACGGCACCAUGGCGGACUGCUACACGGAUAUGGGCGAGUUCGAGAAGGCGGCGGUGUACUAUGACAAGUACAUUGAGCGCAUGAACCGGGACGGACCCAUCUAA